AUGACCAACAACGACGCUACCAAGACCAAUGGCGAUGCCAAGAGCUCCUUUGCCGUCAAGGCCGGCCUCGCCCAGAUGCUGAAGGGCGGCGUCAUCAUGGACGUUGUGAACGCGGAGCAGGCCCGCAUCGCCGAGGAGGCCGGCGCCUGCGCCGUCAUGGCCCUGGAGCGUGUCCCCGCAGAUAUCCGUAAGGACGGCGGUGUCGCCCGCAUGUCGGAUCCGGCCAUGAUCAGGGAAAUUCAGAACGCCGUCACCAUCCCCGUCAUGGCCAAGGCCCGUAUCGGCCACUUUGUCGAAUGCCAGAUCCUCGAGGCCCUCGGCAUCGAUUACAUUGACGAGAGCGAGGUUCUCACUCCCGCCGACAAGGAGUACCACGUCGAGAAGCACGACUUCAAGGCCCCCUUUGUCUGCGGCUGCCGCAACCUGGGCGAGGCCCUCCGCCGCAUUGCUGAGGGUGCCGCCAUGAUCCGCACCAAGGGCGAGGCCGGCACCGGUGAUGUCGUCGAGGCCGUCACCCACGUUAAGCAGGUCACCAAGGACAUCGCCCAGGCUAAGGCCAUUCUCCAGACCGAGGGUGUUCUUGGUCUCCGCGCCUUCGCGAGGAAGCUCGAGGUCGACCCCGCGCUUCUCCAGCAGACCGCCGAGCUGGGCCGUCUGCCCGUUGUCAACUUCGCCGCCGGCGGUGUUGCCACCCCUGCUGAUGCCGCGCUCAUGAUGCAGCUCGGCUGCGACGGUGUCUUUGUCGGCAGCGGCAUCUUCAAGUCCGGCGACCCGGUCAAGCGCGCAAAGGCCAUCGUCAGGGCGACGACGCACUACAAGGACCCAAAGGUUCUCGCCGAGUGCAGCGAGGGUCUGGGCGAGGCCAUGGUCGGCAUCAACUGCGACAGCAUGAAGCCCGAGGAGAAGAUGGCCGGCCGUGGAUGGUAA